GUUUGGCUCAGGGAAGCCAGCGGCUCAAGGUCCAGCCCCGGGAAAAGAGAGGAGUUGCAGACUCUCCAUCCUCAGUGUCAGCAGUGCAGCAGGCUCCCUCGGGCUCCUGGCAGCAUGGCAGUGAAGCUCGGGGCCCUCUUGCUGGCCCUGGCCCUGGGCCUGGCCCAGCCGGCCUGUGCCCACCGCAAGGUGCUGCUGCUUCUGCUCGAUGGCUUCCGCUCCGACUACAUUAGUGAUGAGGCCCUGGAGUCGCUGCCCGGUUUCACAGAGAUUGUGAGCAGGGGAGUGAAAGUGGAUUAUCUGACCCCAGAUUUCCCCAGUCUCUCAUAUCCCAAUUACUACACCCUCAUGACAGGCCGCCAUUGUGAGGUGCACCAGAUGGUCGGGAACCACAUGUGGGAUGCCAGCACCAACACGUCCUUUGAGAUCGGUGUCAACAGGGAGAGUCUGAUGCCUCUCUGGUGGAACGGGUCAGAGCCUCUGUGGGUCACUCUGACCAAAGCCAAGAGGAAGGUCUACAUGUACUACUGGCCAGGCUGUGAGGUUGAGAUUCUUGGUGUCAGACCUACUUACUGCCUAGAAUAUAAAAAUGUCCCAACGGAUAUCAAUUUUGCCAACGCUGUCAGUGAUGCUCUUGACUCAUUCAAGAGUGGCCGUGCUGACCUGGCAGCCAUAUACCAUGAGCGCAUUGAUGUGGAAGGCCACCACUACGGCCCUUCAUCUCCUCAGAGAGAGGAUGCCCUCAAGGCUGUGGACACAGUUCUGAAGUACAUGACCACGUGGAUCCAGGACCGGGGCCUGCAGGACAACCUGAAUGUCCUCAUUUUCUCAGACCAUGGAAUGACAGACAUCUUCUGGAUGGACAAAGUGAUUGAGCUGAACAAGUACAUCAGCCUCGACGACCUACAGCAAGUGAAGGACCGUGGGCCUGUCGUGAGCCUCUGGCCGGCCCCUGGGAGACACUCUGAGGUAUAUAACAAGCUGAGCACCGUGGCUCACAUGACCGUGUACGAGAAGGAAGCCAUACCAAGCAGGUUCCACUACAAGAAAGGGAAAUUUGUCUCUCCUUUGACGUUAGUGGCUGACGAAGGCUGGUUCAUCACUGAGGAUCGGGAGAUGCUUCCAUUUUGGAUGAACAGCACUGGCAAGCAGGAAGGCUGGCAGCGCGGGUGGCACGGGUAUGACAACGAGCUCAUGGAUAUGCGUGGCAUUUUCCUGGCCUUCGGACCUGAUUUCAAGUCCAACUUCAGAGCCGCUCCGAUCAGGUCGGUGGACGUCUACAAUGUCAUGUGCCAUGUGGCAGGCAUUGCCCCCCUACCCAACAACGGGUCCUGGUCCCGGGUGCUGUGCAUGCUGAAGGGCCCGGCCAGCGACGCCCCGCCAGGCCUACCGAGCAGCUGCUGCGUGCUGGCCCUGAUUCUGCUCCUACUGUUUGCAUAACUGAGCACUGCUUGUCCCAAAACACUGUCAGAAAGUCUGCCUCCAAAGUGGAAUGAUUUUCAUUUUCUGUGUGAAUAAUAGCUUAAUUAACACAAUCAAGGCCAUAAAAAUCAAAAAUACAUUAUUUUUGGAUGAUUCCAUGCAUAAAAGUCCCCACUUCUUUAAGAAAAAACAUUGUUUUUCCCAGAAGGAGGAAAAAUCCUAGCCUUUCAUUUGUUCAGCUAAUUUUUCCCUUUCUUUUCAUAUAGUUACUCAGGAUGAACUGUCUGAGCAGAGGCCUGCUCCUGCAGCAGCCUCCCUGAGAGGACGUUGCAUGGUCAUUCUGGGCCCCUCUCUGUCCUGCCUUGUACAAAGUGGCCCUCAGGCCUCAUACCUGUUCCCUGUCCACUCUCAGGAGCAGUCCUCAGGGUCUGUGGCCAUAAUCUUGGACUGUGAGAGCAAAAGUUACUGUUUGUUUCUGAUCCAGAUUGUGGAAUUUUUUUCACCGCAUACAAAGUCCCAGAAAGGAUGUUAUCUUAGCAUGAAUCACCACCAAUCAAACAAAAAAAAAUCAUUAAGCAUUGAAGAAUUCAUAAAACAAGGAGAAUGAAAGAUGUGGGUCCCCCUCCCAAAGUCUGAGUGUACAGAAGCCUCCAAUGGACGCGGCCUUCACCUUGCAUGGUACACCACGGUCCAAAGCAUGCGGACAGAUGGAUAACUUGUUUGCCCGCCCGCCCAUCUGCCUGUGUGGGGUGUCCCCAGCCAGUGCCACACUUUGGCUCUGGAAUCAGGGACAUCUGACAUGUCAUUACAGGCCCAGAAAGGGGUGUCUCACUGAUGGGAAUAUGGAUGUGGCAGCAGGCUCUCAGGUCCUUGCUUGGAACGGUGAUACAUUAAACACUGGUUUUACACACCGGUAGUCCUGAGGCAAGGCCUGCUGAACCAUGGCUGAGUCUUCCAGUGACACAGAAUUCCUAAAAAAUGGUGCUGGGUGGUGGGAACCGGGUCUUGGUUCUAACUAACCAGGCAUUUUUGAUGAUCAGGAAAAAAGUCUGGUCACUAUGCCACCUCAGAGACCCAAGUUCUUUAGAAACCCUUGAGGAGAAGCACUGAGCCUGCGUUGGAAUAGUUGAGUUUAGUCACCUAAGUCUGCUGUGAGAGGAUUCGUACAACAAGGGACAACUGCAAUUUCAGGUGACAAGCCAUCUAUACCAGAUGUUCAUAAAGUUUGUGUGCAACUUACUACAUUAACCUAUUCUAAAUUGCACAGAGACUUUAGGGGCACCCUGUAUACAUGUUUCCUGCUGUUGCCCUGAAGACAAGUCCACCCUACAUGAGGCACAGCCCCAAGUGAGAUUUUUUGUCAGGAAAAGGCAACACCCCAGGUCUCCUCAGAUGAUGAAGACUUUAUGUCGUGUUUUACCUUCAAAAAAUGAUUCAGCAGUGACAACAAAGGAUCACUGCUUACCAAUACUGAAUUUACCUGCUCAAAAGAGUUCUAAGGACUUAUGUAAUGUGUUUUUAAGGCUCCAGAAAACCGUCGAAUCAGUUGGAAAGAAGGCAAAUCAGCCUUUGUUAUUGGGCUGAAAGCAAAUCAGUACUUUCAAAACAUGGGCAGUAGUUGUUGAAAAAGACAUCUAUUGCUCAAAGUUUCUUUUUCCUUGAAGGAUAGUGUCCCAGUAAGUCUGGUGGGGUCCACUUUUCCUCCCUUGUGAGGGAUGAAUCCCUGAGAGAUAGCCAAGUGAUUACAUUAAAAGUGAAUCAGCAAAAUCAAAUCCAGAGGGCGCUAACUCUUGAUUUCUCUCUCUCUUCUUUCUUUCUUUCUUUGAUUCAGAG